UUAAACAAGAUCACUUCUAAAACGGAGACUCAGGAUAUGACUGCGUUGCUUCAAUCGACCUACGAUGAAACUGUGAUAGCCGUCAGCGAUUCCGGGAAAUGGGAACAGGAACUUCUUCAUUUUAAAUUCACCAUGCCAGCCGGAAUAGAAAAACUAGAUGUCAAUUUUGACGGAAAUUCUUGGCGAAAAUUGACAUUACAACAGGGAACUGGUUCUUGGCAUUUUCAAACAACUGUAUCAACAGCUCUGCGUAGUGAUACCAAUAAAACUAACCAGAGUCCUCAAUCCUUGGCCAGACCAUUCUAUAGAGUAAAAUUAGGUAUCAGAACAGAAAUACGCAUUCCAGCCAUUGACGCUGAUGGAGACUUUAUCAAAUGUCGAAUAGCAGAAUAUGUUGAGGGAGGUUAUAUUGCAAUCCAUCCGCCGCCGAAUGUAGAAGUUUCCGAAAACUGCAGUGUAUACAUCAACGCAUCUGAGUCCGAAAAGUACACAGAUGACUCGUGGAUUGGCGUGCCAGUUAGUGUGAGGGACUACAACAAGGAGAAAAUAACUUAUGGCAAGGAUGAUUCCAUACCGGGAAAAUUUUCAUUGAGUGCAACUACAGUGCAGAUGCAUCUCGCAGAUCAGAAACGAGGUAAAUAG